AUGGCGGUGAUUUUUCAUUUGGUGACUCCAAGAUUUUCGGAGGACUGAAAGCUGUGUAAAGCUUUAAGAAUCUGAUAUGCUUUGCUUAGAAUGUUUAAAGUGGAUUCCCAGAAUUAAAAUAUGUUGACACUUAUUCGCACAUGGAGGYAUUUGGGUCUCCAUUCUCUAGCAAAAACUGGUUGUAAAAUAUCAAGAAGAUUGUUUUCAAGCAAAUACAGCAAGGCUUUGGACCAGCACAUGAAAAAUGUCGUACAACAACACUCAAACAUCACAAAUAGACUGUCAGCACCAGAGAAUCUCAGUGCCAGUGAACACAGGGAGUUGUCAAAGAAGCUAGCAUCAUUAUCUCCACUAGUAGAACUAUUACAAGAAUCACAGAGAAAGAAAAAGGACUUGGAUGAUUUAGCAGGCUUAAUCAAGGAGGGCGGAGAACUUGCAGACAUAGCCAAAGAGGAACAUAAAGACCUCACCAAAGAAAUUAAUGAUUUAGAGGAAAAGAUUAUGAAGGCGGUUAUUCCUAAAGAUGAAGCUGAUGAGAAUGAUGCCAUUCUUGAAGUAAGAGCAGGUGCAGGUGGCCAAGAAGCCUCUUUGUUUGCCUAUGAAAUCUUCACAAUGUACCAAAGGUUUGCUGCAUUCAAAAAAUGGAAAUUUAGCCUGUUGAGCAUGACUACCAAUGACAAUGGUGGCUACAAGGAAGCAUCAGCCAGUAUCUCAGGGGCUGGAGUCUUUGGCAAAAUGAAAUUUGAGGUUGGGGCCCACAGAGUACAAAGAGUACCAACRACWGAAACCAUGGGSAGAGUCCAUACAAGCACCAUGACUGUUGCCGUUCUACCACAACCAGAAGAGAUUGACAUUGUUAUAAACCCAAGUGAUCUCAAGAUUGAGACCUUCCGUGCAUCAGGUGCUGGGGGUCAACAUGUUAACACAACUGAUAGUGCCGUACGCAUUACUCACCUACCCACUGGWAUAGUAGUGAGCUCACAGCAAGAACGCUCACAAUUCAGGAAUAAAGCCAGUGCCUUACAAGUGUUGAGAACUCGUCUUUAUGACAUCCAAAGAUCUCAAGCAGAUUCUGACAGAGACAAGGCACGCAGACUACAGAUUGGAACUGCCGAAAGAUCUGAAAAAAUAAGAACUUAUAAUUUUCCUCAGGACCGAGUCACUGACCAUCGUAUCAGUGUUAGUGUCCACGGAAUCACUGAGUUUCUUGAAGGCGAGGCUAAGUUAGAAGACAUGAUUAAUACACUACGGACACACAAYGAGUCAGAAGCUCUUCACAACUUAAUAGAACAAUACUCCAGCUCUUCAGCAACAAGCUGACAGCAAGUAUCUAGUGGUGAAAAUGUUAAUAAAAGGUUGGAAAUGUUUAAAUCAUAACAAUGURAAGAUAUUGAAUUUCUGCAUAAAACAGCAGUGUCAAAUAUUGAUUAACAAUUCUUCAUUUGCAAUAUACAGCGGCCAUGCCAUCUUGGUUGAAUUUCUACACAAAGGAUGGGUUUUGAGGUAUCAUUGAUUCAACCAACAUGGMCGCCAGUCUUUUGUCUUUUGAAUUUCGUGGGAAYGAUUAAAAAUGAGCAAGAAGAACAUAUUAAACAAAAAACUGAUGCAGUCAUUGUACUUUUGUUCUUAUGCUUUUGCUCAAAGAGAGUAUAAUUGUAUAUACAAUAUACCUGAACAACCAAUUUUAAUCUAAAACAUUUUUUAUUAUUUUUCUUUCCUUGAAAUUUGUAACAGUUAUAUUAUUUUCCAGUUUAAAACAAAAAACUAAAACUAUUUAAUAUAUUAGUAUAAAAACUGUUUUACAUUAUUACAUACUGAUAAUAGUUUUCCUAGUAAAAGUGUUAUGAAAAAAAAAUCAUUUUAUUUAUAACAGUAAAAGUACUUUCAAUACAUGUUAAGAAAAACAUGAUGUGAUUUAUACACAGAAAUAAAGGAUAAAAAGUGUUAACAUCAGUCCAAAAAAUACAAUUCAAACAGCCAUGCAAUGUAAUAAAAACUGAACAAAAGUAUUUWUUCACUAGCUUAAGUUUUUAAUGAUAACGCAGACGUUUUGGUCAGAACUCUGACCUUCCUCAGUUUGUGGUAACAAAUGGUUUGCACGCGUAAGUUAAYGGGUUGAAAAAGUAUUUUAAAUUAGCGCGCGCGUUCUCAUUAAAAACUUAUGCUAGUUGUUCAGUUUUUAUUAUGACUCUUCCUAGCUGCAAUUUUAAAAUAGCCAUGCAAUGUUAUCAUGUGCUCAAUACUUUUCUCAUUAAAAAUAUAUAUUAUUUUAAAUAUUCAAUUUUGUAACCUUUAUGUAAGCAUUAUGCUAGRAAAUAUUUAAUCGUUUAGUGCUAAAUACCAUGGACAAACCAAAUGCCAUGGAAGAACAUAUAAUUUUAUGGAAUACACCUUUUCAGUUGCUCUUAGGCCUCGAUAGCAAGUUAAUUAUUCUUUUCAAUUUGCUAAUUAAGACUUUUCAUAUCAAUGUGUGAAUUGCUCACAUUCCUACAAAUUCUAAAGAAUAUUUAACAUGUUGUCGAGGCCUAAGAGCAACUGAAAAGGUGUAUUGACAGCAUUGACUGCUUUUAAUGGGCAAUUAAAUGAGAAUACCUCAAUUGGAAAUAGCUAUAUACACAGGAACCUUGUGUCGGCUUACAGAAAUAUGAUAUUUUUAUUCUCCUGGUUCCUAUUUUWAUAUGGAUGCUUAUUUUAAUCUCCAGUCAUAAUAAAAAAAUUAGUAAAGAUUUGAUUAUUAAAG